AUGACAAAUUGCUAUAUAGUGAUCGAAGUGCGCGAAACUCAUGUGGUCCCUGAUAUUGUCAAUGUUCUGCUGCAGCAUCCUUCAACACGCUUCACAGUUACCUAUGAUAUCGAGGGAUACGCAGCCGAACGCAAGAAAUUAAGCCAACUCGAGAAAACGACGACAAUUGAAGAUCUACUCAACACUUCGAGUCCACGAAAGAAGCCAAAACAUGAAGAAUCGGCAGCAUCCGAAAUCAAGACCGAGUAUCCAUUAUUACUACAAAAUGGGAUAGAAGUGGACAAAGAGAUCACAAAUGACUUAGAAGAUGAAGCGAUACGAGAAAAAGCGAAUAACAUUGUGAAAUGGUGCACUCAAACAAGCAUAGAAGAAGCAGGGGAAUCUCGAAAACGGAAACGACCGAGUCGCUCAUUUCAGUGCAAGUUGUGCGGCACAUUCAUCAAAGUUCGUGGCUAUGAUUACUAUAAGCGUAGUGCGCACGCGAUUAUCCACUGUGAUGUGCUUCGCUUCAAAUGCCCACAAGAAUCCUGUGAUUAUCGCGCGAAACAUCGGUCGGACAUUUGUCGACAUUUAAGAAUAUCGCAUAAUCGAAAUCCAAAUUCGGUCAGAAUUCCAGAGUGUUUAACGCCCGAUGAGGACGAGAUACUGCGAAAAAUGGUAUUAGCCUGUUUCCCUGAAAUUUUGCCGUAUCUCGAAGGCCGUAAAGCCCAAAUGAAAUCGUGGCAGUUUGAAGAAGAAAACAAAGGAAAUGAAGAAGCAAGAGAUGGAGAAGGAUCGGGUGGUGACAAGGAUGAUGACGACGAUGACUACGAAGACUGA